GCCAGUUUAACUGUGGCUCAGUCCAAGCUGUCGUGCUGCAGGGUGACAAGGACUCUUACUGCUUUGGGGAAUUGAGUUUUCAUGGGGCAACAGCUGAGUUGGGACCUGUAGCUAUGAAUCGCUUCAAUGGGCUCUGCAAAGUGUGUUCCGAGAGGCGUUAUCGACAGAUCACCAUCCCAAGGGGAAGGGACGGCUUUGGUUUCACCAUCUGCUGUGACUCUCCUGUUCGAGUUCAAGCAGUAGAUUCUGGCGGCCCCGCAGAGCGGGCAGGACUGCAGCAGCUAGACACGGUGCUACAGUUGAACGAGCAGCCUGUGGAACACUGGAAAUGUGUGGAACUGGCACAUGAGAUCAGGAACUGCCCUGGUGAGAUCAUCUUGCUAGUGUGGCGCAUCAUCCCUCAGAUCAAACCUGGGCCUGAUGGUGGUGUCCUACGCAGGGCCUCCUGCAAGUCAGCUCAUGACCUCCAGUCACCCCCAAAUAAACGGGAAAAGAACAGUAUCCUGGGUACCAGGCCUGAGCAGCGCCGCAGCUGUCACCUGGUGUGUGACAGCUCUGAUGGGCUACUUGUGGGUGGCUGGGAGCGCUAUAGUGAAGUGGGGAAACGGACCCAGCACACUUUGCCACCGUUGUCCCGGGCUUCAGCUCCCACUGACCCCAACUACAUCAUCUUGGCUCCUUUGAACCCUGGAAGCCAGCUUCUGAGGCCCUUGUAUCAAGAGGACAGCAUCCCAGAGGAUACAGGGAACACUAGCAAAGGGAAAUCCCACACAGGCCUGGGGAAGAAAUCCAGACUGAUGAAGACAGUGCAGACUGUGAAAGGCUAUGGUAACUACCAGAACUGUACCAUCAUGAAGCCCCACAGUCCACACUCAAGCUAUGGCACCUAUGUGACACUGGCUCCCAAAGUCUUGGUGUUUCCUGUUUUUGUGCAGCCCCUAGAUCUCUGUAACACAGCUCGGACUCUGUUGCUGGCUGAGGAACUUAUGCUUUAUGAGGGGAGAAACAAAACUUCCAAGGUGACAUUGUUUGUGUACUCUGACCUGUUGCUCUUCACCAAGGAGGAUGAGCCAGGACGAUGUGAUGUCCUGAGGAACCCACUCUACCUCCAGAGUGUAAAACUGCAGGAAGGUUUGUCAGAAGACUUGAAAUUCUGUGUACUCUACUUGGCAGAGAAGGCGGAGUGCUUAUUAACUUUGGAAGCAUACUCACAAGAGCAAAAGAAGAGGGUGUGUUGGUGCCUGUCUGAGAACAUCGCCAAGCAGCAGCAGCCGGCAGCACCACCAGAGAACAAGAAACUCCACCCUCACAGCUCUUUCCAGCAGGAGGCAGCGCCAGCCAACUCAGCCUGUGAAACUCAGCAUAGAAGCUUUACAUCAUCAGGACAAACUCUCAUUGGAUGAUCAAACCCAAGGGCAGGACUCUGCUUCUAACAACUUGACCUUUUCUUGGGUAUCCUCCACUUGAGUAUCCUCCAUUUCACAGUAACUUCACCUCAAUGUGGAGGACUAAGAUGGUGGCCUCGAUGGCAUGCAGGGCUGUCCCAAGAGAGGGCCUCCAAGGGAGUAUGCGGAUUGGUACCUGAUUGUCCACAACAGAGGAGACCUAGAGGAAACUCCAUGGAGCUCUUCCUGAUGAGGAAGAAAUGAAUAAAAUCUCAUCUGUCCUUCCUCAUUCCCUGUAAUACCUCUUUCUCCCUUGGAAGGGCAGGAAAUGGCUAGAGGGGCUUUAUAAUCCAGAGUAGAGUUAGCUUCUAGGAAGCCUCCCAUUUUCAGAAGGCCUGGACUUAGGUUUAUGGAAAAAAUGUUGUAACCAUUGAAGACUGUAGGCUCAGGAAUGAGAGAGUUAGGUUUCUGGAUGGGAAGAGAUUAAGAGAUAUCUCUCCCAGUUCCCAUCAGUACAAUCAGCAGAUGGGCCAAAAGGGUUUUUGGAUUUUUCCUUGAACCUUCCAUACUGUGCCAAAGAAUAUGGUUAGUGCCGUGGGAGGUAGGAAGUAUGCUGAGUUAUGUAGUUCAAGCACAUUUAGGUUCUCUGUACUGAGCCAACAAGUUUAAUAUGUUCGUAUCCAAGAGAGUGUGACAUAUCCUCAGGCCUUAGCAGAAAGUUAUUUUUUUUCUCGCUGCUUUAAAGGUGUUUUUUGAAGCAAUAAACUCAAGUUAUCCCAUUGUGCUUAAAGUGAAUUUUAGAGAAAAAAACAAAUGGCAGCAUUUGUAGAGUAGUUGAGGUCAGGAGAUACAUUUGGGGAACUCUUUGUUUGCUUCCUGUUGAAUUAAGAGGUGGGCUUAUCUUUAGCACUGCACGGAUAGUUAGAUGCCCUGCUCUAGACCUUAGUUUUUAACAUUUGAGUUUGAAGGAUGACUUACCAUAUAGGUGUAUUUUAAGAAGAGUAUUUUUCCAAAAUGGCCCCUGCCACCUCGCCUGCUGCUGUCAUUUAUCUUAUUCAAAAUGGUAAUGAAAGCUGGGGGAGCUAUUUAUUGUUUGUAUCUCACCCGAAUUAUCCGAGCAGAUCUCAGAGGGAAGCUAGAGAGAAAAUCUUUAUGAGUCUCAGGGACUCAAGCACACAAACCAUCUGACUAGGGUCAUAAAGCCAUCCCAUUACAUUAUCCCUGGCCCACUUUGUAUGAUGCAGCACAACACUGGAACUGUGUUGUCCAUUCUUUUGUGGAAUUCUACUUAGCUUAUUGCCUGAUUUAUUUUUAAACUCUAGUCUGCUUUGUCCAUAUGAAUUUGUGUAACGGGUAUAUCAGUUGGAACCCCAGUCACAGUGGAGAAAAGAUUGACCCCCUAGGAAACAGCAAAGUGAAUUGUACUAAGGAUCUUGCUCUGUCGUUACCUGGGGGGCUAGGGCCAGAGGCAAGGUGGAUCAAUUGGAUCAGGAAAGAGAUUGAGGCCAGCUCAGCCAAUGACCAGCCAUUCAGGGUUAAUGCUUAGCUGCCCCAGGUGAAUGACAGGUUGAACAGCUGGAACCUCUAAAGAUGUAUUGCCAGGAUCUGCACAGACAGUAAGAUGCCCUUUGAUUUCAUUUGAUUCUGCUUAGAAAUGACAUUAAAGGGAGUGAGAGAGUGAGACACAGGAGAAUUACAUUUCUGGGAAAGCAGCGAGCAGGCUGCCUCACCAUGACUCUUCCUCGAUUCUCAGUGGAGGUGUCCUGGGCAUUCUUCAUGAGCGUCAAGCAUAGGGCUUGGUCAGUGAGAGAAGUAAGGGAGAAUAUUCCAGGACCUCUAGAUUUGGUGUUCUCAUUCCCUGCCAGUUGGAUAAGAGCAUCAUAGAUUAAAAAUGGGAAGGCAUCUUGGAGGCCAGUGCAAUUCUAGUGUGACUCCCUCAUUUGUCAGAUGAGGUGCAUGGAGCCCAGUGAGUCUAAGUGACUGCCCAGAAGUCAAAUGGGGAAGAAGUAGCAGAGGUGAAAUUUGAACUUGAGUCUUCUCCAAAUCCAUUGCUUAUUCCACUGUCCCAUGCUGGGUGACCAGAGGGGACACAGAGGCUUCCUGCUAAAGUAGAUGUUUAGUUGUUAAGGCCAAGCAGUCAUUUCUAUCAGAGCCUCAAUUUACUUGCUGUUGACAAUGGUGAGCUACAGGGACCAUCAUUAUUCUCUCUCAAAAAUCAAUGAACCAAUUAAUCUUGCUUAAUUUGCUGUGGAGGAGGAAGUAUGACCUGGUAUCCUUUGCUGUUCAUCAUCUCAGUCUAUCACAAGUGUCCAUACAUGAUAUGUAAUGUAUCGAAAUGGAUUGCAUUUAAAAUUCAUCAUUAUAACAGAGUCAACCCUCUCUCUUCUCCAUUAAUCAUUUAAAGGCUCCAUAGUGGCUUCUUUACUAGUUGGCCAAUUGUCUUAGUUUGGUGUCUUAAAUCCCAGUAGUUAAGAUGAAGAGAACGUAACAAUUUAUUGUUGAGAAGGUUAUUUGUGCUAUUUGAAUACAAAGUGAUUAUUUUAGUCCCUGGCACUCUUAUAAGCACUUUAUCUUUAUAAGGUUUUCAUGUGUGACCAGAUCCCAGGCUUUCACAAUGUUACUUCUCCUGUAGACAGCACUGACUGGGUUAUUUGUUGUUCUGUGUUUGCUCUGAUCUGGGUAUAGGGAGAACGUUUAACUUGUGUUUUAUGAUAUAAUUUAUUUGUUUGUGUCUUUGUGGGUGUUUUUAAAAAAAGUCCUGCCAUCAGAGUUCCUAUGGCACAUAUGCAUAGAGGUGGUAGCGCCUAGAGGGCUGGCCUGGCCCUUGGAGUGAAGAACACCUGGGUUCCAGUCCUGCCUCUGACACAUGCUGGCUUUGGAACCUUGGGAAAGUCUUUACUUUCUCAGUGCCUCAGACAGCCCUCUAAGGCUGUGAGUUUCAGAGUGGGUGCUGAUCUGCAUUAGCAAAGGGACUUUGCUCACCUGGAAACCCCUACACCAAUGAAGUCACAAGCCUGGACCUUUAAAAAAAAUAUUCUUCAGCAGAAACGAAGGAUGUGAUUUGUGGUAAAUAAAUCAGGACUCUUUAUUCUGAAAGGACAAUCACAGAGAACAGAUUGAUUAAUUAAUCAACAGAUAUUUUAUGAGCCCAUGAAGGGAAUGGAGGAGAAACUUCUUCAAGAUUCACCAAAUACUGGGACAUAAGAAGGGAAAAACCUCCCUUGAAGCUUGAAAUAAAUGAAGUUAGGAAAAAUAAAAGAAAGAGUAAUCUAGAAGUCCUAAUUCCAAGGAGUAAUACAAGUUCAAAAUAAAAAUAACUUUUGAAAAAGUUGGGAGAAAUUUGUGGAUGACAGCUCCAUAGUGGGAUCUUAAAGAACAUUGGAAUGUUUGAGGUUGCUGUUACAGAAGACAAGCAUGCCCUUCUCUCUGUUUCUCUAUAGGAAAGAGAGCCCUGGACUAGAUGGGCAGGAUUCUGAUACUCAGAUAUUGUUUUGAAGUAGAAGAAAAAUUGGUUCUCACUUUCAUGUGUGUAUGGCACUUAGCAGAAAUCUCAUAAAGAGGCCUUUUAAGUAGAGCCUUGCUCAAUGUGAUAGAAGGUCCUCUGCUCUGCCCAUUCUUUGUGCUUAGAUUUUUCGUCAGGCAUGGUUACCACUAGAAUUCUCAGAAGUAUUGCUAAAUGACCAAGCAAAUGUCAAUUUAAUCAAGCUGAAUUUCAGAUUUCCAUCUAAGGAAGCAGAAAUGUUUUCCUAAAAAGCAUUAAGUGCCGCUGACAUUCUCCUCUAGGGUUGCAGACAGAAAGUAAGGAGCUAGAAGUAUCUAAAGGCCUAAAUUCUUUUGUUCUGCCAAACUCAGCUCCUUUCUGGACUGCUCCAGCUUCACUCCUUUCCCAUCUCAGUGCAUAGAGAAGAAGAUUGAGUUUUUGGAAUUUGGGGUCAAUUACGGAUUAGUUUGGUAGAGAUUGUUGAUCCUGCCCUCAAUUGCAGAUGUCUUGCUGCUUUCUUUGCAGUUCUAGAAAAAGAAACCUCUUCUUUUCCCCAGCCCUGUCCUUAGUUCCUCUUCCAUCACUUUUCCAUGUUCAAUGGAAGUUCUAGCUCCUAAAACAUUCCUGUAGAUCUAGAACUCCUAAAUUGGUGGAGUGUAGGGCAGGAGUCUUCAGAUGGCUCAUCUCAAAACACACCUGGAUAUUUUGAGGCAGUAGCCACAACCUUUCCAUCCUCCUAAUCCCCUACAGGCAUUUCUGCUGUUGGGGUUGGGGUACAGCCAAAAGCCACCCCUGCAGUCUCUCCCUAUGAUUUUUGGGGAGUUCCUCAUAUCCUUAUAGAUUUCUGUAAGCAUUUCCUUGCUAUUCCUUACUUAUUAUUAUUAUUAUUAUUCCUUACUAGUGACCCUGAGGCUUUGGGAAAAUAAAAAUUAGCUCCUUUCCACAAAAAUUUAGAGACCCUUCCUCUAGGAUAGAAUUUGGUCCAGUUUCUUCAUCCAGAUCAUCAGCAACAAAUAUUUGAGGAUUUCUCAGCAUAGUUAUAUAUGUGCUAUAAAGACUCUUAGAGGAUAGACUAGACUCAAGCUCUCUGACAUUCUUUAAAAAACUCAACAAAUAACAUUCCAGUGUUGACAUGGGUACAGGAAGAUUUGUCAGGGGGCAGGGAGUAAACCACACAAAUAAUUCUGUAGCCUUAGUGUGUAUCCAUAACCUAUCUGUGUACAUUAAUACUCUGCAAAACAGGUUGCCCUGACCAGCAAUAUGCAAUUGACAUUAUUAAUACAGUAUUACUAAAUGCCACUAUAUAAUCACUAAACACGGCUGUAACAUUAUUUGAAUUAUCACCCCUUUAAAGUAUUGUUCCUAUGGAACUAAUUGUAAUAUUAUUUCAUUUAACGUGAUUUUCUUUUUCUGAAGUAAGUUUGUUUUAUUUUGUGAUACUCAGGGAAUAACUGAAUAAAGUUCUCUUUUUUAUUAUUCUAAACUGAAUAACCAUCAACAAAAACAAACAUUCAAAUAAAAU